GAAAGACUGCGCGCGCGCCGCUCGCGGACUCAACAAGUGCGACAUAAUCUUUGCCCGAAUUACGCGCGAAAUAAUGACAGUAUCAUCUGUUUUAUUAAUGUCAAUAAUUCUAUUAUCUUUGAAGUAAAUUGAUUUUAUGCAAGGACAGUGAAAAGAGAUUUAAUAAUGAAGCGAAAAUGUUUAUGAAGCCGGACGUUUUAAGAUGUGUCGUAAUUUUAUUGAUUGUGUGUUUUGUUAUUUGUACUGAAGGAAAUAAAUCAAGGAGAAAAAUUCGAUACAGUGAUGCAUUUAAAAACAAUUUAAGUCACACAUUUGAUAAUCGUACGAGUAAGGAGAGUGCCGGCAGGGGAUUUUUUUCACAUGGUGGUCUCUUCUCCCUGGGCAAGGUGCUGAACUUCUUCCCGGUGGGGGGCGAGCGAGAGUGUCGGCCGGAGGGGCAUACUCUUGCCCGCGCGGGCAUCUGCCUCAAUCCCUACGAUUGCCGGCAGCGUGACGGCAAGGCGGCCGGCGACUGCGCGCACGGGCUUGGUGUCUGUUGCGUUUUCGAGGUGACGUGCGGGGGCGUGGUGCAGAACAACCUGACGUACUUCAUGUCCCCCGGCUUCCCGGACCUGUGGCACGGAGACCAGGACUGUGACGUCACCGUGGAGAAGACUCACGCCGGCAUCAUGCAGCUCAGGAUUGACUUUGUGCAUUUUACUAUAGGUCAGCCGAAUAGAACAACAGGUGAAUGUGACGAAGACGCCUUAAUAAUUGGCGAAGGAGCUACCAAUUUUACUGUAUGUGGACAAAAUCAUGGACAGCAUCUGUACUACAACCUGCCAUCCGGCAGUGUCAGUCGGGAGGCCGACGAGUUGCCGACAACGAUGUCGACGCGGGUCCGGGUGCGGGCUCGCGGGGCCGACACGCCGCGGAUUUGGCUGCUGCGGCUGGCGCAGUUGCCUCUCGCACACUCCGCUCCGCACGGCUGUCUGCAGCACUACACCGACAACAACGGAACAAUAAAGACGUUCAACUACGCAGUGAACGGACGACACCUCGCAUCGCACGAGUACAAAGCUUGCAUCAGGAGGAACACUGGCUACUGCGCCGUACGGUACUGGCCUUGUGACCCGCGCUCCUUUAGAAUUGGACCCUCCUCUGACGCGCCCAGUGUUAUUGAUCCUACUGACAGUCCGCAGAUGGGUGACAUGAUGCCGGCUGACCAGACACAAGAUGACACCAUCGAGGGUUCCGGCGCCGAGCCCGGGACUGACGGAGCUGUUGCCACACCCGCGCCCAGUCUGGCUUCCAGGAUCUGGAGGUUUAUGUGGCCGUCUUGGCUGUGGGGGCAGAGGCGGGCUCGGUCUCCGGACUGGUCUCCGGGCUGGUCUCCGAGCCGGUCUCGGCGGUCUCGCAGCUGGUCCCGCUGGUCUCCGUACGUGCAGCACCUGGGCGUGGAUGACAAGGUCCGGUACUACGGCUACGGGUACUUCGGUAUGGGUGUGGUGGGACACGGCCGCUUGCGCUGCGCCGACAGGGUCACUAUACCCUGCGAGAGCGAGUUCUUCGUUGCGUCCUCAAUAAUGUCGGGGGGUGUGUGCGACCCCCACCACUGCGGCAGCUCGUUCUGUCCGCGAGGUGAGAGUGACUGUCACGUGGACAGCUCGAUCAGCCCGUUCUCGGUGUCGGUACAUUUUGGUCCCCCGACGUACAAGAAAGACCCGGACGAGAAUAUCGGCAUGUGUCUCAGAUAUUCACAGCUGCCUUGUGAUACAUAAUUAGAUUGUAUACAGAUUCUUUUACAUUUGUAAGGUUCAUUCCAUUUUAACACAUUCAGUGCCAUAAACAUGCUCUGCA